AUGACUGAACAUUCAGAUAUAAAUAAUAAUCGGGGACUAAUGGAAAUCCCCACCUCCGCCAACCCAUCAUCCACCCUUAUAGAGCGACUGAGCCCUACAACAGAUUCAUCCAACCAUUCAUUACAUCCUGCACCUCCGUCUCAACAGGACGCUGUUACGCAGGCAGGCCAACCUAUCAAUACAAAGAAUAUCAAUAAGAUUCUGGUUUAUAGAGUUUAUGGACCAGCAAGGCCAGCAACAGAUACCGCCGACGGUGAAGAGAUAGCAAAUAUGGAUCAGGACUUUGACAGUUCUAUUAGCAUAUCAACUACUACAACCUAUACUAUAUCCGAGUAUAUUAAAGCAGCUGCCGUAGUCAGUAAUAUAGAUAUAGAGUGGGAAAUUAACGGCGAUCUGAUGGGGAAAGAAGCGAUUGAUGGCGUGGUGCACUAUUUGGUUCCCUGGAAACUAACCCUUAUACCGGAGCAUGAGAUCUAUACCCCUGAACUGAUCUGCAGUUUUGAGAAAAAGUUUCAGGUACGAACAUACAAGCAAGUAAAGGGAGCUAGGGUGAGGAAGAAGGCUACGGCCAAGUAUCCAAAGUCCAAGGGCAGGUGUGAAUAA